AUGGACCGAAUUAGUUGUCAAAUUUGCUUUCAAAAUUUUUCUAAUGAGCGAAAACCAAUGGUAAUUUGUAAUGGUGGACAUUCUGUUUGUGAACUAUGCCUAACGAAUAUUCAAUCAUCAUCAACUGUUUUAUGUCCUACAUGUCGUCGUAGUAUACUAAAGGAACCAAUAGUUAAUCGUGAUGUACUUGAUCUUAUAACGGCCGUUUAUGAUUCAAUGGCAGCUAUUCCAAUUAUUAACGCACAAGAAUUAGUCAUGGAAGCAAAACCAUUCGGAUACGGUGGUAGUGCUGAUGUAUUUCGUGCACAAUGGCGACGUCAAAUAGUUGUUGUUAAACGUUUACGUACGGGAGCAAUUGACGGUAAACAAUCGUUGGAAUUAAAAGCCGAAAUAAGUAUUCAUGUUGGAUUACGGCAUCCGUGUAUAAUAGCAUUGUACGGUUAUACAAGUAAUGGAGAUGGACGAGAAAUUGUUAUGGAAUAUGCGGAAAAAGGAUCGUUAAAAGAUAAUUGGUAUAAUGUUGACAAAGUGCAAUUGAUCGACUGGGCUUUGGACAUCAUUGAUGGUCUACAAUAUUUGCAUAGCCGACGAAUUACUCAUAGGGACCUUAAACCUGAAAACAUUUUAAUUGGCUCUGAUUCACGUGCAAAAUUAGCCGAUUUUGGUAUGGCACGUGUUUUGGCAACCGUACAACACAAUACAUCCGGCAGUGGUACACCGAAGUACACUGCUCCCGAAUUACUUCAACCAGACGUUCGAUAUGGUCCUGAAGUGGAUGUUUUUAGUUUAUCAUUGAUAUUAUACGAAAUGUUUUCGGGUCAAAUUGCAUUCAAAAAUAUGAAUCAACAUCAGCUGAUGAUGGCCAUUUAUAUGCAAAAAAAACGCCCAGAAUUUGAUGCAUCAUUUCCAAACGACCUUAGAAAAGAAAUUGAACUUGGUUGGUCCGAUGUGCCCGAACAACGAUGUAAACUCGAAGAUUUUCAAAAAGUUUUACUUGAAACAAAAUCUCCAUUGUUACCUGCUAAGCAAAAUGUCGAAACAACAACAAGAAUUUCAACGAUUGAUCAAGCCGAUGAUGUACAAUCAAACUUAUUAGCUUAUUCUCCAAUAACAAAUAUGAAAUGGCCAGCACAAAAUGAAAAAACAAGAAAAUAUUUGGAAAAAAUGAUAAACGACAUGCGCAAAUCAUCAUCAUUCUCAAAAAUAUUUUCUGAUGUAAUUAUAAAUGCCAUGUUACAAGUACCACGUCAUCUAUUUGUGGAUAUGAACGUCUUUAAAGAAAAUACUAAGUUGAAAACAGAUGAAGAAUGUAUGGAUUUCAUAUAUGCAUAUUCAAAAGCGUUGCGUGCUAGUGGAACACAAAAUAUGAGUUCAACUGAGAUAACGUGUGCACAAUUGUGUUUAGUACCGUUGAAUGCCGGAGAUCGUGCUCUAUUUUUAGGUGCUAAAGGUGGUUAUAUACAAGCAAUUGCUGCACAAAUUGUCAGUUUUCAAGGUGAAGUAUGGAUUUGUUCACAAGAUAGUCAAGGAUUAAAACAUGUACAAGAUUGUGUCAAAGCAAAUGUACCCUCUAUUUUAAGACAAUGUAUGAGAUUUAUUUUAGUGAAAAAUGUUCAAAAUAUAUCAGAUGUAAAACAAGGCAUUGAAAAAGAAUUAAAAAUUACACAAAUUUCUAACUAUUUUGAUGUUAUUCAUAUUUGUGGUGCAAUUACAAGCCCAAUAAAUGAUUUCGAACAAUUACUAAAAAUUGACGGACAAUUAUUAGCGGCUGUAAAUACGGCCACAGCAAAUGAAGAUGAGAGUGAAAAACAACGAUUUACUAUUUUACAUAAAAAACGAGAUCGUACAACCGGAAAACUCAGUGUAGAUAAACGAGUACUGAAUGAUUGGGGGAUCAUAUUUGCUGCCGUAUCAUAA